AUGUCCAAUAUCACACUAGAUGGUCGAAUUGAAAUUGAGUGUAAUCUAAGUUAUGAUAACUCUUCGGAAAAUAUCAAGUUUGCAGUUCAGUUUGUAUAUUUGCUGUUUGCUAUUCUGAUACAUUUAUUGAUUUUGAGAACUGUUUUAUGGAAAGAUUGGAAGGUUUAUCGAUCGAAUUCGUUUUUUAUGAUUUAUGCGUUGGAUUCGAUUGGGGUGGGUUGGAGAAUUGAUACUCGCUUUUUGAAAUUUGUUGAGAAUAACCUGUUUUUGACCAGGAAAUGCUCUGAAGUUCCUAGAACUCUUAUUUUAGUUCUCAACUGAAUCACUUGUUUCACCUGUCCAUUCUUCAUUUUUUUAGAUUCUCAUAACUAUAUCAAUCGAUAUUCUCUUCGGCCGCCCUUUCAUGUUCAUCCCCCAACUUUGUCCAAUUCUAUCUCCUUUAUUUUUCGAUCCUUCUAUUUUCAUGAAAACUGUGUUCAUUAUCGGAAAUUAUACAAGAGCUGCAAAAUCGAUAACUCAAAUAAUGAUGAGUAUAAAUCGUAUGACGUGUGUUAUAUUCCCUAUGAAUUAUAUCACAAUUUGGAAAAAAUAUCUGAAAAUCGCGAUAAUUAUCACACUCCUCAGCCCAUUUUUAAUUAUCUGGAACUUAUUUCCAUCCCGAGUUUAUAUUUUACCAUCACGUGGUGGAUUUUCUAUAAUGUAUGAGAGAUAUGUGAAAUGGGCCAGUUUAUCACUAUUUCAUUUGAUUUAUUUGGCAUUGGCUAUAAUUAUCACAAUAAUUAGCACAAUUAUAACUCUAACUUAUCUGUUGAUGCUUCCAAUGCGAUUAAAAUCUGCGGAAAAAUCUUUGUGCUUUGUGAACAUCACAAUUUCAAUUUCUUUCAUUAUCAAUGCAAGUUUUCAAAGUUUAUUCGCAUUUUUCACACUUUUAGACGCUGGAACACUAUUCAUUCUGCAAUUUUUUGGCUACGAUUUUUUGAAUCUAACCUCUCCGAUUGUCCUCAUUCUAAUUAGUCCCCAACUCCGCGAGCAUAUUUUCAAUAGGAAGAAAAUGUUUAGAAAUGUUCCGCUGAAAGUUUCAGAUACUCAAAAUGGUGUGAACUAA